CUUUACUUUAUCUCGUUAGCCCGUGGGUUGGUCUUGCCAGGCUGCUUUUCAACGUUUUCACACCAUCAAGAGACGACAAAUCCGCGUGUAGCUAGAGCAUGCCCAAGCAAUUGCAUGCGAGAACUCAUACACUCACACACUUUUGCGCCGGAAUACAGGAAAACAGUCUCGACAGAGGUUCAUCAUAGGAGAAAAGCAAUACCAAUAUCGUCAAGAUGGGUGCAGCGCACCCUUCCUUUCUUCGAGCUGGUUCUGCUGCUUCGUCUGAGCCGGCACCUGUUGCAGCAGCAACUUUCGACAACCUCUAUGACGAACACAACAAAACAAACCAGCGAAGCAACGACGCGACGUCAAGCAGUCGCAGCGCCGGCAGCACCAGCACGAUAUUCGGCACUACCUUCACGACCAAUUUCGACUCUUUAAAAUGCUGCACGACGAUUUCCGCUGAGCAGCUGAAGGAGGAAAGGCGAAACGAGCUGGAUGACCCAAUGGUCCCGCGCCGGGGCUCGCCCUUGCGUCGCCGCAGCGGCAACGUCGGGUUUGCGUCCUCCUCCGAAUUCGACUUCGUAGACAGCUUCAAUAUGAUGUUCAGCAGCUCGGACCGAGCGGAAGGAGGAGGACCAGGAACAAACAUUUUCUGCCGAGGUUCUUCGGCUGCCGGCCAGCUGCUCUCGUCCGGCGCGUCGUCGAACAUCCAAAAUCUUCGUGGUAUAACGACAAGUUCGUCUGGUGGUACUAACCGGGGGGUCAGCUUUUUGAAUUGCGAUAUCAAAUGUAAAAAUGUCUGGGUCACUCUGGAAGAGUCAUGCUGUUUUUGCAUGACCCAGAAGGUCUGGCAUGGAAGCUCUAGCAUCACAGGUUUCGAGAAGCUUCCGCAAUGCCGAAUCCGCAUGACAAGUCCCCUAUUUUGCUGACAGAAAGUGGGCAGCUUUUGCUACGUAUGCAUGAGAGACUUUUCAGUGUUCUGAAAUACGCAUUACAAGUUGCAUUCUUCCAGACCCAGACAUUUUUGCAUUUGAUAUGCGGGUUAAUGAAGCAAGAUGCGAGAAACGCCUUCUCCUCCGCCAAAGUUGAGAUGAUUACACCUGGAAGUUGUACAACUGCAAGUGGCGCUGCAGGGGCAGGAGUGAAUAACAAAUUUUCAUCCACUUCGAAUGUUCUCAACAGAAGCGGCUCGGAGCAGCGAAUCAGCAUCUCGAACAGUACCACAGGAUCGAACACGUCGUCCAAAAAUAACCGUUAUUUUGGCUUCACCACUACUUCAAACAACUUUGCCGAGAGUCCGGUCAGCCUGCUGAAACUGCAGAAGGGGUAUUUUGCUGGCGGUGGAGCAUCAGGCAGUGGUACUACAACCGCGGCUUCAAAGCACGACUAUGAGCAGCAGCUUGAAAUCUGCAACCAGUACCUACCCUCCUCGCCGGAGAAAAUUUCGAAACGGUUCGAGUGCAUUCUGUACUUGAAUAUCUCCUCUGCGAGCAAGCAAACGACGACGAGGAACUACAGCCCCGCCGGGGGGGGCUUGAACAAUAAAUGUACAACAACAACUUCCACCAGUAAAGACAAACCCUUGGAGCUGGGCGUGGAUGUGAAUCCGUCGAAGGACCAGAAAUCGCUCCGCGUGGAGCUGGUGAAGCGGAACGGGCUGGUGCACUACUACAACUCGAAUCCGAUGACGACGCCGAGCCAGAAGAUCAUGAUCGGGGACUACAUAACCGGCGUGAACUAUGACAGUGCACAACUCCCCCUCCCCCUCAUUUGUCAUGCAAAAUCCCAAAUCUACCUUCUGCCUGCUAGCACUCUUUGCAUGACAGAUUCCGAAACCGAAAGCCAAAACAGAAUUACAAUCACCUAGGAAUUUGUCAUGCAAAAGCUGCAUCUUUGCCAGCACUUGCGUUGCUGUUCGUGCAACACAACGAGGGGGAGGGGGAGUUGUGCACUCUCAUAUGAACGGGGUGCGGUUCAACGCCGCAAAGAUGAUCGCGGAGUGCUCCGAGUUUCUGAACAACGACGUGGUGAAAAACCGCAGCAGCGGUAUCAACUGUAAAAGUGUCUGGGUCUGGAAGAAUUCACGUUUGUCAUGCUUGUCUGGCAUGACUAUUAAAUCUGUCAUGCACGUUACCCACAGAGUUCCGUUUUUCUGUGAUGCAGAAGCGCAGUUUGUCAUGCAGAAUAGGCAACACCUAGGAGCUCAGAAACUUGUCAUGCUGAGCCAGCAUCGAUCUGUAGCCUCAUCAUGAGACGCCACCCAGCAUCACAAGUUUCCUGACCCAGUAGACAUUUUUACAUUUGAUAAGCGGCUCGGCCCUGCGAUUGGACAUUCUCCGGGUGGAGCAAGCGAUCGCGGGGGCAGCUCCUGGGGCUGCGUCCAGAACAACUUCCAUCGGGGUGAACUAAAUUUGAUACACUAUCGCAGAAAAUGGCGAUGAAGAUUGCAUUUCUAUUGCACAGCGAAGCCAAGAACGGGUGAGUGACGACGGAAAGACAGAAAAUGAAAAAAGAAAUUUCUCGAAACUACUGUUGUGUAGAAAAUAAAAUGAACAAUGCGAGUUGUAGGGAAGUAGUCUAGAAGUAGUAGCACCACUACGUCGACUACCCGCCCGACGACCUGUCGUACAACAACUUGGCCUCGACCUCUAAAAACACCUUUUUCGAGUUUGAGCUUGCCGCUACGGGGCUACAAUUACGAGAGCUUUUCUUUGUGAAUUUUACGGAAGAACAAGAAACAAGGCGCUAGCGCUAGGGGCGCACGCGAGCGCUGCCAAGAGCAAGAUAGAGAACCCGAGAAAUGAACUUUUUGCAAAUGUUGCACCUAUGUACAGUUAGCAAAGUAUUUUGAAGAAAGGAAAA